UUCGAAAAUGAGAAAUUGUGAAAGUUGCCUCGUCAGAACUACGGUGCAUUCUCGUAAUUUGCAUAUUGUGCAGUUGCCAUGCAGAAUCGAGUUUCAGAAUUUUGGAAAUUAAAGGGUUCGGAGUCGAAACCGAUUCUCCGUUUAAAAACAACUUCUCAUCGAGACAUGGCUUCAUCGAUAUACUAAAUACCGUGUAACUGCAGCAGGUCCAGGUUAACAGCACACCUCGUUAGCCUCGAAUCCGACAGUAUACGGUGGGAUGGGUUAUCCUUUUUCCUCGCGAGUUUUGAAUAACGAAUUCGAAAUGAACCGCACUCACGGGUAUAUAAGAGGGGACCGAGAAAUCGAUGGAAGAUCAGUUACAAUUCGCAUCAUCACGAUCGAUCGCACGACAGGAGGACUGACGGAUGAACAGAAAGCCAAACUUACGAGCUACAAGCAAGCCUGUAUUGCCGAGUCAGGCGUCGAGCCAAGUGUCGUAGAGAAUGCGAAACAAGGACAAAUAGCAGAGGACGAUGAUAAGCUCGCAUGUUUUGCCGCUUGUUACCUCAGACAUAUCGGAGUCUACGACGCUGAGGGAAAUGUGCACGAGGAUGUUUUCCGUGCAAAAUUACCCGCUGAUGUCCCAAAAGCAAAGGCGGACGAAGUGGUCAACAAGUGCAGCGGACUUACUGGAAGUACCUUGUGCCGUACCGGUGCGAAGCUGCUUAAAUGCAUGAUGGAAUCGCGAAUUCUCGUCGUUUUGUAACAAGCUUUCCGUCUGAUUAGGUUUAGAAAAACGAAACCCGUUGCGAGAUCGCGUCAGAAAAAAAGAUUGUACUUGUAUUAAGCGUGAAAUGCAUGUUUUCGAUUACCCAGAACCAUAGCAAUAUUCUGCAAAAUCAAAGAUUUUAUCCUAGCGGUAUUACAUUUUAUGUCGAUUUUAUUUUUCUUAAUUUUACUUUGAUAUAUCCUAGCCUUGUUUUAUCUGAAGAUGCAUGUACAACGCGUGAAUGUUAAUAUGUAUGAACUUUUGAAGCUGGGAUGAAUAAACGAAUCCCAAUCAAUAAAUGUCAACUUUACAAGCUC